GCCUCGCGUCAGAGCUGACCCACAGCGCAGCUGCCAGUCAGUCCCUCCGGAACUGCUGAGAGACUCAGGCUGCAGAAAUCAUCGCGCCUCACUCGCUUCAGCCUCAACAGUGAUCUGAGUCUGCUUUUAACUUCCCUUCGCCUGCCUUGGCUUGGUUCUGUUCAAGAAUAGCUGUUUGGCCCAUAGAUUAGAGAAAAGGGCCUCCUCUUACCCUCUGUCCCAAGAAAGCCUCUUCUAAGUGCUCAGAGAUGGGGAGUGGGGAACCUAAUACUGCUGGCAAGAAAAAGAAGUACCUCAAGGCUGCUCUGUAUGUAGGUGACUUGGACCCUGACGUCACAGAGGACAUGCUCUAUAAGAAGUUCAGACCUGCUGGCCCACUGCGCUUCACUAGAAUCUGCCGUGACCCGGUGACCCGCAGCCCCCUGGGUUAUGGUUAUGUUAACUUUCGCUUUCCUGCAGAUGCUGAGUGGGCCUUGAACACCAUGAAUUUUGAUUUAAUUAACGGUAAACCAUUUCGUCUCAUGUGGUCACAGCCAGAUGACCGCUUAAGAAAGUCUGGGGUUGGAAAUAUUUUCAUCAAAAACCUGGAUAAAUCCAUAGACAAUAGGGCCCUAUUUUAUUUAUUUUCUGCGUUUGGGAACAUUCUUUCCUGUAAAGUCGUAUGUGAUGACAAUGGCUCUAAGGGUUAUGCCUAUGUUCACUUCGAUAGCCUUGCUGCUGCUAAUAGAGCUAUCUGGCACAUGAAUGGGGUCCAGCUCAACAACCGCCUGGUGUAUGUUGGCCGAUUCAAAUUUCCUGAAGAGAGAGCUGCGGAAGUCAGAACCAGGGAUAGAGCAACAUUUACCAAUGUUUUUGUGAAAAACUUUGGAGAUGACAUGGAUGACAAAAAACUAAAUGAACUUUUCAGUGAAUAUGGGCCAAUUGAGAGUGUAAAAGUAAUAAGAGAUGCCACUGGGAAAUCUAAAGGCUUUGGCUUUGUAAGAUAUGAGACACAUGAAGCUGCCCAAAAGGCUGUGCUAGAUCUGCAUGGCAAGUCAAUAAGUGGGAAAGUCCUAUAUGUAGGGAGAGCACAGAAGAAAAUUGAACGCCUGGCUGAGUUAAGGCGGAGAUUUGAACGGCUGAAAUUAAAAGAAAAAAGUAGGCCUCCAGGAGUGCCUAUCUAUAUUAAGAACUUGGAUGAGACCAUCAAUGAUGAAAAACUGAAGGAGGAAUUUUCUUCAUUUGGAUCAAUUAGUCGAGCAAAAGUGAUGAUGGAAGUGGGGCAAGGCAAAGGGUUUGGUGUCAUCUGCUUCUCUUCUUUUGAAGAGGCUAUCAAAGCAGUGGAUGAGAUGAAUGGUCGUGUAGUAGGUUCCAAACCACUGUAUGUCACUCUGGGCCAAGCCAGGCACAGGUGGUAAGAAGCACAAUGAUCCGUUUGUUCAGCCUUAGCAGAUACCUACUUAGCUUGGGCUCCUCUGUGAUAGGGGCUUAUUUCUG